ACCACCUGAAAGAUACAAGGUUUAGCGCUCCUUCUCUCUCACUCUCGCUGAAAGAUCAAUUGGUUUGGGUGGAAGUAGCAUUUCCCUGUGCCCCCUCUGUAAGCUGCUCGACUGAUUAUGAGGAUGAGGAGGAGGGCAGUGCAGAGCAAGCUCCAACUUGCUGUUCCCUCUCUCAAUAUCAACAGCUGAACACCACAGUGAUGCUUUACAAUGAACAAAAUGAGUCUGAUAUUCAGACUCACACUCAGUUGGUCAAUGACAACACAUUGAAGGUGAAGUUUGGAGGACUCGUACCAGGUCAGAAGUACUGUGCUCGUGCUCAAUUUGUUUCCUCUCCCUCCUCUGACCCACAGUGUAUUCACAUCCCAGUGCCGGAAAGACCAAACCUUUUCCGGUUUGUCCUGUGUGGUAUGACCAUCACUCUACUUAUUGUGCUGUGUGUGUUGGGCAGAAGGUGUUUUUCAACAGAUCUCAGACUCCCUAAAUCUCUGAUUUCUUUGCUGGAUCAAGAAGCUUCUGUUCCACCAGAGUCCAGGCCAGAGACUUCAGAAGAAGAGGGCCCCUUCAUCCAUCUAUCCAUUGUAUCAAUCCCUAGCAUGGUUUCUCUGGACACCCAGUCAAUUCAUACUCGCACCCAGAAUGUUGAGGACAGGUAUUACACAGCUGCCAUUUUGCAAUACCAGGCUUGUCAUGAAGAACAUGAGGACCCAGAGAUCAAUGCCAGAGAUUUGGAAACAGAUGGAGAACUUUGUUCAGGUCACUAUCCAUUGCCUCGAUGGUCAUCACUUCCGGCUCCCAGACCGGGAAUGGUGUGUCUGUUGGGAGAAUCGCUUCCUUUGGAAGACUCGUUGAUUCCUCUGAGCUCUGUGAGAGUCGCUGGACUGCAGAUGGACAAGAUGGAGCCAAAUUAUUCAGUCAAAGCAUUAACACACCUGAACAGCAAUGAUGAUUUGUCUUCACUUACAGAUGUGGCUGAAAAUAAUACCUUAUCAUUUUAUUAGAAUGUGGACCCCUUGUUUACAAGCAAGACACAAAAAGGCUAGAUUGCUCUUUGCCAAGAUGCAUGUGGAAGAGCCACAGUUCUUCUGGGAGAAUGUGUGUUGGACAUAUGAAACAAAAUAAGAGCUCUUUUAUUUUAUAGAAACACUGUGAAUUUACUGGGAAGCAUGAAGGCUCAGUGAUGUUUUGGGGUUGCAUUGCUGUCUCAGACAUUUGAUGUCUUACGUCUGUGCAGACCACUAUAAAGUCAGAAGUAUCAAAGUAUUUGUGACUGAAAUGUGCAGCCUUGUGUCCGAAAGCCUUAAUCACAGGCCAUGGUUUUUCAGCAGGAUAAUGACCCAGAAAAUGCAUCAGAAAGCUCCCAAGAAUGGAUGAGAAGUGAACAUUGAACCAUUCUGAAGUGACCUGCUGAGUCUUAAUUAGAAUCUUGGGAAAAAGUGCUGCUGCCAUUUUGAUCGGUUUUAUUAUUUUAAGUAGUAUACAGUAUUUAAUAGCACACUGAUCAGCCAUAACUUUAAAACCACCUCCCUGUUUCUACACUCACUGACCAUUUUAUCAGCUCCACUUACUCCACUUACAAUUCUACAAUUACUGACUGUGUUUUUCUGCAUACUUUUUAAGUUUGCUUUCACCCUGUUCUUUAAUGGUCAGGACCCCCACAGGACCCCCACAGGACCACCACAGCAGGUAUUAUUUAGGUGGUGGAUCAUUCUCAGCACUGCAGAGACACUGACAUGGUGGUGUGUUAGUGUGUGUUGUGCUGGUAUGAGUGGAUCAGACACAGCAGCGCUGCUGGAGUUUUUAAAUACUGUGUCCACUCACUGUCCACUCUAUUAGACACUCCUACCUAGAUGGUCCACCUUGUAGAUGUAAAGUCGAGACGAUCGCUCAUCUAUUGCUGCUGUUUGAGUUGGUCAUCUUCUAGACCUUCACCAGUGGUCACAGGACGCUGCCCACAGGGCACUGUUGGCUGGAUGUUUUUGGUUGGUGGACUAUUCUCAGUCCAGCAGUGACAGUGAGGUGUUUAAAAACUCCAUCAGCAUUGCUGUGUCUGAUCCACUUAUACCAGCACAACUGAGCAGUGCUGAGAAUGAUCCACCACCCAAAUAAUACCUGACCAUUGAAGAA